UAUUUCUAUAUAUACCCCCCACUGCGAAAAAUAUCAAACACUUGUGACUUCUUCCCACUUCACACUCACUCACCCACUUCCCAGAAAAUUUAAAAUGCGCCAGGGCUGUACCGGUCGGUUUUCUCAGCCACCGGCUCCGGUGCUCCUCCUCCUCAUCGCACUUACCGUGCUCCUCUCCACCGCGCCAGUGAUUGGAUGGCGCCCCUGGCCCUACCUUAAAUCCAACGCCACCGAUCUCCAACUCGGAGACAACAAAAAAUUCGAGGGCUCAUCUGAGUUCGUCCACUUGAAAUACCACAUGGGCCCGGUCCUAACCGCCAAUAUAACCGUCCACACAAUCUGGUACGGCACGUGGCAGCCCGCCCAGAAGAAGAUCAUCCGCGAGUUCAUCAACUCAAUCUCCGCCGCCGGUUCCAAACGCCCAUCCGUCGCCGGAUGGUGGAAGACUGUACAGCUGUACACGGACCAGACCGGCGCUAACAUUUCCCGUACGGUGCGCCUAGGCGCAGAGAAAAACGACCGCUUUUACUCCCACGGCAAAACCCUGACCCGGUUAUCCAUACAGUCUGUGAUCAAAAGCGCCGUCACAGCCAGAACGCGGCCGUUGCCUAUCAGCCCCCAGAAUGGGCUCUACCUCCUGCUCACAUCUGAUGACGUGUACGUUCAGGAUUUCUGCAGACAGGUCUGUGGGUUCCACUACUUCACUUUCCCGUCCAUCGUCGGAUACACGUUGCCGUACGCUUGGAUUGGCAACUCAGCGAAACUGUGCCCAGGUGUGUGCGCAUACCCAUUCGCCGUACCCGAUUAUAUGACCGGGUUGAAACCGUUAAAGUCACCGAACGGUGACGUAGGAGUGGAGGGGAUGAUAAGCGUUAUCGCACACGAGAUUGCUGAGCUGGCAAGCAACCCGUUAGUAAACGCCUGGUAUGCGGGUCAGGACCCGAGUUUUCCGGUUGAGAUUGCUGAUCUAUGCGAGGGCAUCUACGGUACCGGAGGGGGCGGGUCGUACACGGGUCAGCUGUUGGACGACCACGAUGGUGCCACGUACAAUAUGAAUGGGAUCCGACGGAAGUUCUUGGUUCAGUGGGUUUGGAGCCACAUUUUAAAUUACUGUACCGGACCUAAUGCACUUGACCAGUAAAAUUUUCGGAUGUUUAUUACUUUUAGCUUCUGUCUCUAUUUCUGGGUUAUUUUGCUUCUUCUUUUUCGUUUUUCGGGUUUUUUUGUGUGUGGUGGUUUUGGGUCUUUGGGUCUGGGCUGUUGCGAAGCUUGUCCGUUUUUGUUAAGUGCAUGAUUAGUUAAGGUAGUUAAGCUUGUUAA